UCAAAGCCAAUUUCUGUUUUCUGUCACAUGGGAGACUUUGGGUGCGGAGAUGGAGGAUGGACGCCGGUUAUGAAGAUUAAUGGCAAUAAGAGUACAUUCCAUUUCGACUCGCAUUUUUGGAGCGACAGGAAUUCUUUCAAUCUUGUAGGAGGUAAGACUGGAUUUGACUCUCAAGAGACCAAGUUACCGACCUAUUGGAUCACGCCCUUCUCCAAGAUCUGUCUCGGAAUGAAGAUCGGCAGUCAUAUCAGAUUCAUUGACAUCAACAAACAGGCCGGCUCUCUCCACUCACUCAUCGCUGAUGGGAAAUACCGCAACACCUCACUGGGUCGUUCAACGUGGAAGUCGCUGAUUGGUUCAGAGGCCUCCUUACAGCUCAACUGCAACAGAGAAGGAUUCAAUGCGGUGGGAGACAAACCUGGUGGUGCCAGAACAAGAAUCGGUAUCGCUGCUAAUCAGCAGCAUGACUGCUUUACCUGUAACUCCCAAAUUGGUUUUGGUACAGGAGGUUCACGAGAGGGCUCCAACACAUGUGGCAAUGAAGCAACACACUCGCCUGAUAAUGGAAACAAGCACAUCAAAGCCAUGGGGUACAUCCUGGUGCAGUGACAGGGGGGACACAAUUAAUUUCCUAACUUUUAAGCCGAGAAUCCAUCAUAAAGCAGAAAAAUGUAGUGUGCUAAUUAAGGAUUACCAACCAGUAGAAGAAUAGGCUCCGUAAAACUGCCAUAAUUAAAGUAAUUAAUCUACAGUUGAGUAACAGUUCAUGUGCUGUAUUGGUGUGGUCGCAAGUAAUAUUUGAGGAAAGAAAGAGGUCGAAUAAUAAAUUGCGAUCUUUGGAAUAAAAAAUACAAUACAACACCAAAUAUCAGAAAAUAUAAAAAUUGAAAACGCCGGGGCUGGAAUGACAGAUUUCUUGUCGAAAAUAGGUUUAAAAGGGCAUCGCCUCAAUGCAAGUUCUCCU